GCUCCCAAUCCCAACGUACAUCCCGCGGCAGGGAGGAUUUAAUAAGUAUUUUAAUUAAUUAUCAUGAUUAUUCCUUAAUAAUAGGCAUCGCAUUCCAUGGCGUUGAGCUGGGGGGGACGGGGAGGGGAAAAAUUUCCACCGUCUCCGGCGCAAGACCUAAAUUUAGCCGGUUUUACGAGAGGUCUGGCAGGCGGCCGGGAGCCUUAACGAGGCUUUAAAAAGCUCGUCAAGUCGAAAUAUCCCGAAAUAACCGAUCCGGCGUCGCCUUCGCCGGGAGGAGAACGAGGAAGAGGGUUCUGCUCUUCCCCCCGGCGGGAGCUGGGGGUCGCAGGUGGGGGCAAGCCGUGGGUGAAGGUGAAAUCCUCUCCCGCCAGCACCAUGGAGCUUUUCGGGAGUUUUGUCCGGCCCCACGGGGAGACCUUGGGGUUCCCAGCUCGCCCCGGUAACACGGGCGUGGUGAAGACCCUGGGGAACACCUAUCAGUUCACGGUGGACGUCAGCGACUUCGCGCCCGAGGACAUCAUUGUCACCACCUCUAACAACCAGAUCGAGGUGCACGCCGAGAAGUUGGCCACAGAUGGCACCGUCAUGAACACCUUCACCCACAAGUGCCAGCUGCCCGAAGACGUGGACCCCACGUCCGUGUCGUCCUCGCUGGGGGAUAAUGGGAUGUUGACCAUCCGGGCUCAGCGCCGGCCGGCCAAGCACUCCGAGCACGUCCAGCAAACCUUCCGGACUGAGAUCAAGAUCUGAGGGGUCGGGGGAACUCCUUUCCCCCCUGUCCUUUCCCUCCCUCGCUAAUUAAAUGGGUGAUUUGGGAAGGAGGCGGGACGCGGGGUAGGGAAUGGGAACGCUCCCUCCAGAGUGGGGUCAGACCUGUGCUGAAUGCAUCCCGUCACCCACCGGAGAAACUCCGGAGAGGAGUCCCAGCUCCGGCAAUUUUUAGCUGGCGCGUGUUGAGGGGGAAGAUCCAGCGUGCCAAGAGUCCUGCCGGGAGCCAGGUUCCCUUCCCAACCCUCCGCCAGAGCUUGUCUUUGUAUAUAGAGCUUGGGAUAAAUUAUUGAGAACGUCUGA